AAUUUUGUUAUUUGUUCUGCGUUGGUUUUCUCCAGUUGUACCGUCACGAUCGAAACUAUGAGAUAUAUACUCGGAUAGUCUUCCGCGAUACAUCGAGUGGAAGAGACUUCAGCGUACCGAGGCCGAUCUAAUCCGCUGGUAUACCUAGAACGCCAUGGGACAAGUCUUAGGCAGGCUUCAAGGGAAGCAGUGGAGGCGAGAGCAAGUGAGGAAAAUAACCGAUAGGGUUUUCGAUCGUUUCCAAAAUCAAUCGGGAAGGGCUAAUCUGACAUUAGAAGAUUUAUACAUCGCCGUUCUGCUCGUGUACAAUGAUAUAAAUAAGACUUUGCCGGGGCCCCAUUUCGAUCCACCCUCCAAAGAGCAAGUCAGAGUUAUGAUUGAGGACUGCGAUUUCAACCUCGAUGGAGAAAUUGAUCGUGAGGAAUUUGUGAGAUUUAUUCAGCAGCUGACAACUGAUACACUCAUUGCUGUUAGUCAGGGACUGAUCCUCACUCUGGUCGUGGCACCGACGAUUGCAUUGGCUACCAAGAACGCUACCGCGGGUGUCCCGGGAGUUGGGAAGGUGGUACAGAAGUUACCCAAUUCAGUUUAUGCAUCCCUGGUGACUCUUGCAGUUGUGAUGUUUCAACAAUCACGUCUGGAUCAUUGCCCAUAGGGUAUUUACUCCUUUAAAGUGCAUUUAUCUAUAUUUGUAAAUGUGAUGAUCUGUUCUUAUUUUCAUGAUGUUUGUAAGAUGGGGGUUUUCCAGCGAAUUAUGAUCCAAGGGAUUUUCAUGCUAUUUGUCAUUAAUAAGCGAGAGAUAUUUCCUUGUGACU